CACGCUUUGAGCCAUAGAACAAGAUGCGCACAGCAUCGCAGGUGUUCUACCUGGCAGUUUUCUCGCUGCUGGGUAGCUCGCACGCUAUCAACCAUUCCGCGCCUACAAAGUCCAAACCUCCGCCUCCAAAUGUCUGCAAUUUGGAACCCGGCGCGAUUGUAUCAGACGCCUGCGCAAGCUACAGCACCCUCGAACAGCUGAACGAAGCCGUACACCCUUAUCUACACUCGAUUACACAAGACACCGACUUCUUCUCGCACUACCGCCUGAGCUUAUACAGCAAGAAAUGCCCGUUCUGGGACGACGAGAAUGGGAUAUGCGGGAACGUGGCAUGUGCGGUGAACACACUGGACAACGAGGACGACAUACCCCUGGUCUGGCGCGCAAAGGAAUUGGGAAGGCUAGAAGGGCCCACAGCACAUCACCCUGGCAAGAAGGAGCAGGAAGAAGACAGGAAGAGGCCGUUACAUGGAAGUUUGGGCGAAAACGUUGACGAGAGCUGCGUGGUCGAGUACGAUGACGAGUGCGACGAGCGCGACUACUGCGUACCAGACGAUGCGUUCGCCCCGGCGAAGGGAGACUAUGUGUCGCUCGUGGAUAACCCAGAGCGCUUCACCGGAUACGCCGGUGUUGGUGCCCAGCAGGUCUGGGAAGCCAUCUACCGCGAGAACUGCUUCAGCAAGCCGCCAAAGGUUGCUCCUGGGCAGUCCAAUGGCCAAUCUGCGCCGCUUGGGGCUUCGCCGUUUGGUGGCUUUGGAAAUCAGCAACAGAUGCUGGCGGCAAAUCAGUUGCGAAAUGUCAUGAAAGAGGGAGGUGUGCAACAGAAGGUCCAGUCUGCCAUCGCCCAUGGAACAGCUGUAGCACGUCUCGACCCUGUCGAAUUCGACGAUACCUGCUUGGAGAAGCGUGUAUUCCACCGCGUCAUCUCUGGCAUGCACGCGUCUAUCUCCACGCAUCUGUGCUGGGACUACCUGAACCAGACGACAGGUCAAUGGGGCCCCAAUCUUGCCUGCUACGAACAACGACUCCACAACUACCCGGAACGCAUCUCUAACAUCUACUUCAACUAUGCGCUCGUUAUGCGCGCGGUCGGAAAGAUAAAGCAACACAUCCAGGACUACUCGUUCUGUUCUGAGGACCCCGAGCAGGAUCUCCGUACGAAGAACUCUGUUCUGCGUCUUGCUUCUGCGCUCCCUUCAGGCCCCGAGAUCUUCGACGAAACAGUCAUGUUCCAGGACCCGGAUACCGUCGUGUUGAAGGAGGACUUUCGCAACCGCUUCAGGAACGUCAGCAGGAUCAUGGACUGCGUUGGGUGCGAUAAGUGCCGCCUUUGGGGCAAGUUGCAGACCAACGGCUACGGCACAGCUCUCAAGGUACUAUUCGAAUUUGACGAGAAUGACUCCUCCAAGGACCCACCGCUGCGCCGCACCGAGCUCGUUGCGCUGAUCAACACCAUGGAUCGUCUUUCGCACUCGCUAUCAGCGAUCAAGGAGUUCCGACGCAUGGUCGAUGAGCGUGAAGGUGUCCCCAAGGCCGUUGUACCUGCACCGCAAGAGUCAUCCCAGGGCGUCCUCAAGACGAAGCUAGCACUUGAAGAAAAGAAGAAACCAGACAUCAAGUAUAGAGACGACGGUCUUCCUGACUUCAGCCGCGACUGGGACGCAAGCAAGAUGACGGUCUGGGAAGAGAUGGUGGCGGAGUAUCAGCUGGUGAUGCGCGUCUUUAGAUACGUAUUGUCUCAGUGGUAUCAUAUGCCGAUGAAAUUUGGCAAAAUCGCUGUCCUCGAGGCGAAGCGCCUGUACGAUUGGUGGUUGGGCAUGGUGCCCAGCGAGAGGAGUUGGGAGAUCCGGAUCCCUAGACGUGACGAGAUCUGAGGCAUCAGCUAUCGAUUCACACACCGCUUCAUUGACUUGGUUUCGGUGUUCAUUUGGCAUAGCAUAGGCGUUUGAAUUGGGAGCAUAGGCAUUAGAUUGCGCUUUUGAUACAUGUUGGACCACUUCGACUUCAAUACCAUAUAUACAUGGCACUCAUGCA